AAGAGAGAGACCUUCUUUAUAUAUUAAACCUCCCACGUACGCCCUCUUGCAUCAAAUUACCAUCUGGAAUAACAAAGAAGCUUUCGUUUUCUUUCACCAGCAAAUCUUCCAUUUUGCAGCCCUUUAUCUUGGCUGUCCAGUCCUCGAAGCAUGAAGCAACAAAGGACAUACGUACUCUGUUCUUGUACUCUCAUUUUUGUGCUUGUAUUCUCACCGUUAUCAGUCACAGCUCAAGAAGUUGAGGAUGAGAGGGAGUUUGAUUACACUGAAGGGAGCGAGAAGGGGCCAGCACAUUGGGGAGACAUUAAGAACGAAUGGGCAGAUUGCAAAACCGGAAGUUUGCAAUCUCCCAUUGACAUGUCAGAUCGUAGAGUGAAAAUGGUCCGAAAGACAGAAAACAUAAAGAGGAAUUACAGACCUUUUAAUGCAACCCUGAAGAAUCGAGGCCAUGACAUUAUGGUUCAAUGGGAAGGAUUUGAUAAAGCGGGAUCAAUACAGAUCAAUGGCGCCAGAUACUUUCUCCAACAAUGCCACUGGCACUCACCUUCCGAGCAUACCAUCAAUGGAAGAAGGUAUGACAUGGAGCUACACAUGCUUCACACAACCCCAGAGCAGAAGAUCGCUGUUAUUGGAUAUCUUUACAAGACUGGUAAACCUGAUGCUUUCCUCUCCAAGUUGCUCAAUGAUAUAGUGUCUAUGACUGAUCAAAAAAUGGAAAGGAACAUUGGGAUAGUUGAUCCCAGGGAGAUCAAGUUUGGUGGCAAGAAAUAUUACAGAUACAUGGGCUCCCUCACCACCCCUCCUUGCAAGCAAGGUGUUAUUUGGACCCUAAACAAAAAGAUAAGGACAAUUUCAAAGGACCAAGUUAGAGCGCUUCGAGUGGCUGUCCAUGAUUAUGCAGAGAAAAAUGCAAGACCAUUGCAGCCAUUGAAUCAAAGAGAGAUCCAUUUCCAUGGACACAGCCCGAAGGACACAUACAACUAAUUAACAACAUCCCAAGAGUUUAUGAUUUGCCCCCAUUUUUUGAAAUGGGAUGUACUUAUGAGAAGUAGGGUUAUGCCAGUGUUUUGCAUUUAUACAUUCAAUUAAAUUUUUAGUAUUUGGUAA